AUGGCCGACAUCGAUGUAAACAAAUACCUCGCAACAGGACAAGACGAUGCACCUGUGAAUGAAGUCGUUCAAAAAUUUGAUAAUAUUUCUCAAGAAGAAAACAUUGACACUUCAAACUACUCCACACAGAAGUAUACCUACUUUGAUUUUGAUGACAGUCUGAAAAAAGAUCAGAAAACUUCCUUACAAGCAGCUUUUCAGAAAUUUCGCAAAGACAGACAGCUUCUGACAGGAUGGCAAACUUUUAAUCUACUAUCCCCUCCUGAAGACAAAGGUAAAGAUGUCCACAAAGUUCGUGAAUCAUCACUGAACGAUAUCCCGGCAGCACCCUUCACAACUCUAUUCUCCGCACCUUUAACUACUGGUAGACUUUAUCAUCCAGUUUAUUAUGGUAGACUGUUUCUUCCAGGAUUACUUUUCAAGGAUUAUCAACAACAGUGGACAUUGGGUCUACUCAAGUGUCAGUUUAUAGGUGUGUUAUAA